AUGUCUUUCUUUAACCUCCUGGCCCUGAUCGUGGCCCAGAUUUACUUAGUGGCUGCUCAGACCUCAACCACAUGCAACCCCCUCAACACCACCUGCCCGGCGGAUCCCGCAUUGGGCACGACUUUCUCAUGGCAAUUCAACGAGACGCUCGAUUCCAAGAUCUGGGAGACCACCAACGGCCAUAUCGCCAUCACCGACGCCGGCGCGAAUUUCACCAUCGCUAAGAAGCUGGACUCCCCCACCAUCAAGUCGACCUUCUACAUUUUCUUCGGUGUCGUUGAGUCAUGGGUCAAGAUGGCCAAGGGUGGCGGUGUGAUUAGCAGUAUCGUGUUGGAGUCCGAUGACCUGGACGAGAUCGACUGGGAGUGGGUGGGCUACAACACUAGCUCAGUCCAGUCCAACUACUUCGGCAAGGGUAACGAUACGUCCUUUGACCGCGGAGGCUUCCAUUAUGUUCCCAACGCCGACACCGAGUUCCACAACUACACUACCUACUGGGAUGCCGCAAAACUGGAAUGGUGGAUUGACGGCACAUUGGUGCGCACGCUGAAGUACGAAGAUGCAUUGGAUGGCAAGAACUAUCCGCAAACCCCCUGCACACUCCGCUAUGGUAUCUGGCCCGGUGGUGACCCGAGCGAGCCUCUGGGAACAAUCGAGUGGGCGGGCGGAGAGAUCGACUAUGAUGCUGGUCCGUACAAUAUGGUCGUCCAGAAAGUGCGCGUACAGGACUUCCACACCGGCAAAGAGUACGAAUAUACCAACCAUACGGGCUCGUGGGAGAGCAUCAAGGUUGUAACGGGUAAUUCGACGGCUGCCGUGGAAUUAAAUAAGGAACCGGAGAAGACUCUGGCCCAGAAAUGGGCUGAAUUGCCCACCAGUGCCAAGAUCGGUGUGUACGCUGGCUCUGCGGCGGUCGGAGCCAUGCUGCUCGCCGCAUUCAUUUUGUUCUUCGUGCGCCAGCGCAAGAAGGGUCGUCUCGAACACGCAUUGGACGACGCCAAGUGGAACACGGAGCGGACAGAGAUGGACUCCUUCCAACAAAAUUGGAAACAGACUGAAUGGAGAAGUAAAUCUGGCUACAAACCGGUAUCAUAG